UAAUUCAAAUUCUUUGUAGAUUUUAUAAUUGUACCAUCCCGUGGCUGUAAUUCCGUCUCCAGAUCAACUUAACGGAUUUGUCCACUACAAUACAAUUCCCGCGUAGAUAUACAUACAACAUCAUCGUAUGCCCAUCUUCCAAGACAAGCUCUUAAUAUCGUCGGCAUUUAACUCCACUUGUAUAGUUUUUUUCUUGCUGUUUCCGCCUGCCAGUUGAACUUUCCAUUAUAUGAAUCACGGUCCCUUUAUUUUCCUUUUAUAUGAAAAUAUGCGAUUUACGGUCCUGAUGAUAUCAAAGACGACAAACACGCGAAUAGGACGAUGAUGUUGCUUUGAUGAAUAAAAGCCGCUCCAACGACGUCAAACGAUGCGCUAAAGGAAUAUAGUUAUCAGCAAAAGGCAUAUCAAGGAUGUCAAAUUUAUUUAGGCGAUACAAAUAUCGUCGAAUAAACUCUCUCGACCUCUUCACUAGUACCGCCCAGCGUAAAAUUUACAGUCAGCAGAUCUAACGCGUGUGAGUCUGAUUUCUCUUCUUUAUCUCCUCUUCUCUUGUGGGCAAUACGACGUAUCUAAUCAACGGAAUCGAAAUCUGCUGGUCAGGUCUUGAUUUUUUGUCGACCAAAGCUCUUUUUCAUCGAAAGCGCAGGGCGCGCAAGGAACGACUCGAAGUCAGACGUGUGUACAACAUGAUUUUUUUCGAGGCCGUUGCAAUUAGAAAUUUAUUGAUGACUGUUGUACGAUUAGGCUACAUAAACGGAGAUUAUUUUGAAUUGGUAGACACGAUAGAAUGCGAUGUUCGCAUGUUGUCUUGCAGUUGUUGUAGACUUGUUACUCUGCACUAUGUAGAACAAAUCAAUAUUGGCUUGCAGCAUUGCAAAGCAGCUUCAGAGAAGACAGACCUCAGACAAGAAGCUCGUUAAAUGCAUGCUUGGCUUGAGAAGUUCAGAGCCGCCGAAGUAAACGUUCAUCGCAUCAAGUUCUUUUGUAAGCCGCUCCGCCCAUCUCCCUGAACCUGAUGGUCAGCUACUGCCAGUUUGUAAGCGUGAAGAUGGCCGGCUUUAACUCGCUACUAGGAUGAGCGUUGGACAGUAUAACCCUGUCUCGAUUCACGGAGCGCAAGUGUAAAGAAUCCCUCAAAUUGAAAGCUGUAGCGGUUUAUAUAAGUAGUGCAGAAGUUUAAUCAUACAU